AAGCUUCACUGGCCUGAGCAAGAGCUUGCUAAGAAGUCCAUUCUAAAUGCAGAAGCGUCCUUGAUCAUUGACAGCAAAAGAAGCAUUUCACAUUUAUCUCCUGGAAUACUGAAGGACAUUUUCACAACUGGAACCAGUAGUUACAAUGUCCUACUACAGAGCAAAGAGGAGAAAAAGCAUCAUUCACAAAAACAGCCUUCCUCUACCGGCUCCAAAAGAUGUAGAAAACCCAGCAAAUCUCCUAGCUCUUCACGUAGUAAAGACCUUCGCAAGAUGAAAGCCCCAGUGCCUGUAAUGAGCAGUAGUACUUGGUACUGCCUAGAAAGGCAGCCUGCUGUGUUUGUCACCAGUUCAGUGUCAAGUCCUGUAAAGUUUACUGAUCAUAUCUCUGUUACAGGAAACACCAUAGUACUGCCACCGAAACCCAAAAAUGAAAGAAAGGUGAAGCGACACCUUUUCUCCACACUUCCAAAGCCAAAGCCAAAGCCACAGCCUCUGCUGUCGAGAAGUUUUGAAAAAGGAGAUGAUUUUUCUGGAAAGAAAUUUUGUAUACUGACUGCUAUAAAGCCCACCAACUUGGAGAAAGAAAAACUGAGGUUCUUCAAGUCUGACUACACCUACAAUCCUCAGUUUGAGUAUGCUAAUCCCUCUCUGCCAAGCAUAUUGGCCAAGCACAGCAAUGCAUCUGAUCGAUUUCUUAAGCAGUCCAUCAAUAUUAUGGAACUGACUUUACAAAAGUACGGAAGUUAUGAAAAAUUUGAACAGGCCACCGGUGGUAGCCUGCUGUCUAAAACUCGAAUCUGGAGUCAUGUUAGGAAGUACAUGAUGAAAGAAGGCUGCAUGGGUGAGAUUGUAGUUCAUCUCACUGAGGACCUGCUUUCCAGAGCUUCCAUGACAGUAGUAAAUGGAUGUCCAACGUUGACCAUCAAUGUUUCCACUGCACGAGAGCACUGGCUGGAAGGAAUGCUGAGGCAUGAAAUAGGCACACAUUAUUUUCGAGGUAUUAACAACCUUCAGCAGCCAUGGAACAGUUGGACUGGCCGUAAAAAACUUGAACUAAAGCCAAACAACCCCACAGAGGAAGGACUGGCGAGUAUCCACAGUGUCCUGUUUAGAAAAGACCCCUUUUUAUGGAGGGCUGCCCUCCUCUACUACACUGUUUAUCGCGCCAGCCAGAUGUCUUUUUGUGAACUAUUCAGAGAUCUUGGACAGUUUGUCAAGGACCCCAAUACGAGAUGGGAUUAUUGUGUACGAGCCAAGAGGGGAUGGACUGAUACCUCUCAACCAGGGUGUUUCAGUAAAGACCAGGUAUACUUGGAUGGCAUCCUGCAAAUCCUCCGCUAUAGAGAGACCAUUGACUUCCAUCUUCUGACCACCCUGGGGAAGGUCUCUUAUGAAGAUGUGGAUCGCUUAAAAGGAUUGGCAGUUACUGAAAACAUGAGGAUUCCUCACUUUUUGCAGGACCAUAGCCGAUAUAUGGAGCACUUAGAGAAGAUCAUGGAAGUGAAUGAACUGACUGACAGGGAACUGAAAGACCUUAUAUGUUAA